CCAAUGCUCUAGUUUCUGUUUUGAACAGAGCCAAAAACGACUGAUACUUAGCACUCUCUCUCUCUCUCGGAGAAGGAAAAGUGGAAGAAGAAGAAGAAAGAGACCCACUGAGCAAAACCAAAACGGAUCAAAUAAAAAAAUUUUUCAUAUAUUUAUAUAGAUAAUUGCUCUGCUUCUCUCUGCCCUAGAUCUUCAACACCAUUCAACCUUUCCUUCUUCUUCUUCCACUUCAACUUCCUAUUCUUAGAUUAGAUCUUUCAAUCCUCAGUAUACAACUAUUAGAGAUCUGUCUUCCCAGGUUUUUCCUAGAUAAUCAUUUCAAGAAUUUUUUUUCCUACUGCUUAUUUGGGAGAGUGGACAUUAAUAACAGUAAAGACAUGCAUGACCUUGAGGUAAAGUACUGAUGUGCUUAUAAUAAAUGAAGACAGUGCAGGUGUGGCGUGUAGGCAUGAGUGAUAUGCAGAUCUUGCCAGGGGCUCGCCACCGCCCUCCUUUGAAGAGGCCAAUAUGGAUUAUUGUCUUGGUUUCAAUGGUCAGCCUAUUUCUAGUUUGCGCUUAUGUCUAUCCACCCCAAAGCAGUGCUGCUUGUUAUGUGUUUUCUUCCAGAGGUUGCAAGGCUCUUACUGACUGGCUUCCACCUGCCCCUGAAAGGCAAUAUACAGAUGGAGAAAUUGCUUCUCAGGUUGUGAUUAGGGAAAUUUUGAAUACACCUCCUAUUCAAACAAAAAAUGCUAAAAUUGCUUUCAUGUUCUUGAGCCCUGGUUCAUUACCUUUUGAGAAGCUAUGGGACAAGUUUUUCCAUGGUCACGAAGGCAGAUUCUCUGUUUAUGUGCAUGCAUCCAAGGAAAAACCUGUUCAUGUGAGCCAUUAUUUUGUUAAUAGGGAUGUACGCAGUGACCAGGUGGUGUGGGGAAAAAUUUCAAUGGUUGAUGCAGAGAGACGACUUCUGGCAAAUGCACUUGAAGAUCCUGACAACCAGCAUUUUGUUUUACUUUCUGAUAGUUGUGUGCCAUUGUAUAACUUUGACUAUGUCUACAACUAUCUGAUGUACACAAAUAUCAGCUUUGUUGAUUGCUUUUAUGAUCCUGGACCACAUGGAAAUGGUAGGUAUUCAGAGCACAUGUUACCUGAAAUUGAGAAGAAAGACUUCAGAAAGGGUGCACAGUGGUUCUCACUGAAGCGACAACAUGCUGUGAUUGUUAUGGCUGAUAGCCUGUACUAUUCAAAAUUCCUGGAGUACUGCAAGCCUGGUCUGGAAGGAAAAAAUUGCAUAGCUGAUGAACAUUAUUUGCCAACCUUCUUCCAUUUGGUUGAUCCUGGUGGCAUUGCAAAUUGGUCAGUAACACAUGUAGAUUGGUCUGAGAGAAAGUGGCAUCCAAAAUCUUAUAGGGCAAAAGAUAUUACUUAUGAACUUCUGAAGAAUAUUACGUCGAUUGACCUGAGUAUACAUGUGACAAGUGAUGAAAAGAGGGAAGUGCAGGUACAACCAUGCUUAUGGAAUGGUAUCCAACGGCCAUGCUAUUUAUUUGCUAGGAAAUUCUACCCAGAAGCUAUUGAUAACCUCUUGCAGCUUUUCUCCAACUACAAAACAAUGUGAGCGAGAUAAUUUUGACUCUAAAUUCUUUGGUCGGAUCAACAGUUCCUUUCGACACAGUUCCUUUUGACCCCCCCCCUACUGCAUCUUGGUUUCUUGGUAUAUCUUAAAAAUUUGUAAAUGCACGUCACCGAGGCAUGAAUGUUCCCCGGCACGGUUCGUGUGCAUGGGCAACUAGGAGAGCAGUUAGGGUGACAUGGUAGGGUUGGAGGCUAACAAUUUAGUGUUGCUUCCUUUUGGGGUGGGUGAUAUCGAUGUCCAUUGUUUUCCCUCCAUUUUGGGCUAUUGAUGUUCCACUUUGGGUAUAGAAAAUUUUGGGGCAGAUUUGAUUUAAGUGCAUUUAAUGGUUGGAUCUUUUGUAAAAGUUGAAAAAUGUGGACUGGACUGAAAAAUGCAACACUUGGUGCCACUGUUUUGAAAAUUAUCCAAAGUUGUGUAAAUUGGGGGAAAAAAUUUAUGUGAUUGUAUAUUAACUUUUGGCCAGUUACCACUUUAAAUUUAAAUUUCCUUAGCUUUC